GAAGAAGAAGAAGAAGCACACGAAGGUUGCUUGCUUUUAGUUGCUUGUCACUUCCUGAAUUUAGGAUACGAUUCUCCGUACUAUAGUGGUAUGUUUAUCAGAUCCUCGACCACAAAGCAAGCUAUACAAAGAUAUUGAAGUGACUUUCCCUACUAAGAAAAAGUGAAGACAAUCAUUUGCUGAAGGCUUGUCUUGACACUAACCAUGGACUAUUGGAGUGCCUUGGAGGUGUACAAGGAGAUGCUACUGCUCUACCUGGAGGAAGGCAAGCGGCUUGUGAACACCAACUGCGAGGAGCUGGAACCCUGGCAGAUCAUUGGAGCUACUCUCGCAUCUACCCUAGGAGCAGUCUGGGUCAAAGGCUUCUUGUUUCAGCAAGAACCCCUGACAUCCCGACUCAAGAAGCAGUGCUUUCGACUCAUCAGAAAAAUACCCUUUGUUGGCGCAACAAUCCAGAACCAGCUGAAAAAGGCCCUGGCUGACAUGUCUCUCAGUCUUUGCACACUGAAGGAGGGCAUGAGCUACACCAAACAGCUGCCUGAACAAGGGCUUAGCCAAGUUCAAGUUCUAGACCGGAUCAGAGAGUAUCAAACACUGAAUGAAGUGGAUUGGGAGAAAGCGGUUUCAGGCGCAGUGUACUGGGGAGAUCAGACACUUACCAAACUUUUGGUGAAGGUGUAUGGAGACUUUGCAUGGAGCAACCCACUUCACCCAGACCUCUUUCCCGGUGUGAGGAAGAUGGAGGCAGAGAUUGUGAGAAUGGCAUGUACCCUCUUCAACGGUGGGCCCAACUCUUGUGGCACAGUCACCUCCGGAGGAACUGAAAGCAUAUUGAUGGCAUGCAAAGCAUACAGAGACAUGGCCUAUGAGCGGGGUGUGAAACAUCCUGAAAUUGUCGCACCAGUCAGUGUUCAUGCAGCCUUUGACAAAGCAGCAAACUACUUUGGAAUGAAGCUUGUUCACGUCCCACUGGACAAGAAGACCUUGAAAGUGGAUGUUAAGGCUAUGAGGCGAGCCAUCAACAAGAACACAGCCAUGCUGGUAUGCUCCGCACCCCAGUUCCCCCAUGGAAUCAUUGAUCCUAUUGAGGAAGUAGGGAAGCUGGCUGUAAAGUACAACCUCCCUCUGCAUGUGGAUGCUUGUUUGGGAGGGUUUCUAAUAGUUUUCAUGGCCAAAGCCAAUUACCCACUGGCUCCCUUUGACUUCGGGGUAAAGGGUGUGACCAGCAUCUCUGCAGACACACACAAGUACGGCUUUGCCCCCAAAGGUUCAUCAGUGAUCCUGUAUAGUGACAAAAAGUACAGGCAUUACCAGUACUUUGUGGCUCCAGACUGGCAGGGGGGCAUCUAUGCAUCCCCAUCAGUGGCAGGUUCUCGGCCAGGCGGUAUCAUCGCAGCGUGCUGGGCCACCAUGAUGUACAUGGGAGAGGAUGGCUACAUUAAGACUACUAAGAAGAUCAUUGACACUGCACGAACUAUCAAGACAGAAAUCCGUAAGAUAAAAGGAGUGUUUGUGUUUGGAGACCCUGAAGUGUCCGUGGUGGCAAUAGGCUCUGACGUCUUCGACAUUUUCCGUUUAUCCAAUGCACUGACGUCAAAGGGUUGGAAUCUCAACACGCUACAGUAUCCAUCCAGCAUCCAUAUCUGUUGUACAGUGCUGCACACACAGAAAGGUGUGGCCGAACAGUUCAUCAGUGAGGUCAAAGAGCAGGUGGCUCUCAUUUUGAAGAACCCUAAUGAGAAGACCACUGGAAUGGGAGCGAUCUAUGGCAUGGCCCAGUCCAUCCCUGACAGAUCCAUGGUGACAGAGAUCUCCUGCGGUUUCCUGGACUGCCUCUACAGCACAGAGGAGCCAAGGUCCUCUCAGCCCCAGAAGACCCAUAUAAAUGGCAACAGCAACGGCAAGGCCCACUGAGUAGUUUGGCUGUGGCUUGGACUCACACCUGGGUCAUAUUCAUUAGGGCACGCAAUGGAAAGCGUUGUAAAACGUUUUGCAUCGGAAAAAGAAAAUAAGUGUUUCUUGUUAGACAAGUUCAAGUAGUUCCUCCCUGUUUUAGUGUGUUUCCUUCCGUUUGGUGCCUAAUGAACACAGCCCUGCUUACCAGCCUGCUUCACCUCUGGUCCACCCAUUGAAUCACUCAACAGUUGCCUUAUCUUGCCCACCUUUAAUCUAUCCACACACCCUUUUUCAGAUAUCUUCAGAAGCACAAGCCAUUGUUUUUAGCUACCGAGGCAUUUUUCAAAUAUAUGGAAAGUAAAAGCACAUAUGUAGAAUAGCAGCUCAAACCAUUCAGAUAAAGUUAUGUAUGGUUUUGAGAGAGAACAUUAAAUGUAAUAUAAAUUAGUUUUUAAAAUUCUAUAGAGCACUUGACGACGGUUUAAUUCAAGUGGUAAUUUCAAUGUCUGUUCUGUCUCGAGAUUUUCUGCUUCAGUUAGAUGUAAUGAACUCUUUAAUUUACAAUAUCCUGCUAUCUCUUGCAAAAUUGUCUCGUUCUAAAGUGGUGAUGGAAAAUACUCUAGAUACUAGAUACAAAAUGUUUUCAUAGAAGAACAAUUUAGCCUCCAAGUAAUGUUUGGUCGAGAGCAAGACCACAAUCAUAAGUCAGGGAGAACCCCUCUACUGCCCCCUACCAGAAAACACGAUAUACUUCUCAAUACUCAUGUUCCAGGUACUUACGACAGUGAUUUUAAAUCUGUCUCUGUUUGAGUAAUCUACAACAAGUAACAGUUUUCACUGAAAAUCAUUCAUUUCCUAGUGAAAUAAAUAAUGACCCAAUGAAUAGUAAUGAAUGAAUGAUAGAGGAGCAAUCAUAUCUGCAUGGAUUUUUAUGGACAACAAACUUGAGUCAUUUUUAAGACUUGAGCUCCUUUUGAAUUUAGCACAAUACUUUCCUAGCCACUUAUUGUACUAUAGUGCAUAUACAUAUAUUCCUAAUUGUCGUCCGUCUGUGGCUAAUUGCAUGUUUCAGUAAUAAUUCAGGCAGCAGGAAACCCCAGCUGCUGUAGUACACUACCUAGUAUACUGUGCACCGCCAAUAUGUUAAGAAUCUGAGACUUACAAUCCUUUGAUUUGACCACAUAUUCAUUACCCCUUUCUAUUUGAGUCAAUGGUUUAACCUAGAAUUGAUCUCAAGGAACGGAAAACAACUUAUUUCGGCAUCUUUUAAAGGCUGUUUUAAGUCUCCAACUCAGAUUUAAUUUUUUUUUGUGUUCUUGUAUUAAAAUAAUCAACUUAUCUUCUA